AUGUACAACACAUACCACUCACCCUCGCCAGCAUACCUGCAGACGCCUGGUAGCAGAGCAGCAGCAGCAGCAGCAGCAGCAGCAGGGGCACGUACACCCCUCUCAUCACGGCACCACCGCAACCCCUCGCACAACUCGGACGUCUCAGACACCCCGACAUCACCUUCCUUUACUCUGACACAACGCACAAACUGGUCGGCCCCGCGUCUCAACCAGUUCCCCCCUGUCACAACCCCCGCAACUACCACUACCACUACCACUACCACCACUCGUACAGGUGCUCCUCCCGCAUCCUACACAUACACUCCUCCAUCCUACGCCAGUCACCGCUCGGUCCAUCCAGGCGAGGUCUUCUCCCGUGACCCAUCACCCCUCACAUCUGCUGGCGCCAUGUACUCGUCCAACUCGGGCCCAUCAAGGCCCCCGAUGGAUAGUGCACCCAGCUACAGCUCCGACUACAACCACCCCAACAACAAUGGCUACAGCCAGUCGGGCGGCGGCUACUCGAACAGCAACAAUGGCCACAACAACUACGGUGGCAGUAACAAUGGCCACAACAACUAUGCUGGGAGCAACAAUGGCCACCACCUCAACAUCAACACAAACUAUGACCAAGGGGGUGGCUACCAGUACGGCGCGCGCACCGAGCUGGACUCGUACAUGGACGCUUUCCACGACAGCAACCAGCAUGGCAACGACUUUCCCGACGAGAACAAGUCGUACACGUCCCAGACGCACCUGAACUCUGGCGCCAACAAGGAGUUUGGCGUCGGCGAGGUCAUCCCGUCGGUGCCCUACAGCCCCGUCGCCCCGCAGCACACUGGAUCCGUAUACGGCUACCCGCCACCGCAGAGAGGUGGUGGCAUGCCGAUGGGGAUGCCAAUGGGGAUGCCGGGCUCGCCGCAGCUGCCAGCGAGCCCCGGGUUCUCGGGCUCGAGCCACUGGCACCAGGUGCGCAACAACCUCAUGGCGCGCCGAGUCGUCAAGCGCAUCCCGCUCACGAACGGUAACCUGGUCAUGGACGUUCCGGUGCCCAAGGGUGUGAUUCCCUCAAACGCGGCGGCGCAGGGUGCCGAGCCAGGGGAAAUGGACAAGCUUCGUUACAGCGCCGCCACUUGCGACCCGGACGACUUUAUGCGCCGCAAGUUCUCCCUGCGCCAGUUCCUGUAUGGCAGGAAGACCGAGCUGUUUAUUGUGAUGACAAUGUACAACGAAGACGACAUUCUGCUCUUGCGCACACUCAACGCGACCAUCAAGAACAUUGCCCACCUCUGCUCGCGCACGCGGUCCAAGACAUGGGGCGCCGGUGCAUGGCAAAAAGUCGUCGUGUGCAUCGUCGCCGACGGCCGUAAAGUGUGCAACGCGCGCGUCCUCAAGGUCCUCCAGCUCAUGGGUGUGUACGCCGAAGGUGUCGCAAAGGACACGGUCGCUGGCAAGGAGGUUCAGGCCCACAUCUUCGAGUACACGUCCCAGGUCAUCGUCUCUGAGACGGGCGAAGUGGGCAUGGGAUCAACCCCGAUUCAGUACAUCUUCUGUCUCAAGGAGGCCAACAAGAAGAAGCUCAACUCGCACCGUUGGUUCUUCAACGCGUUCGGUCCGCUCGUUAAGCCAAACGUGUGCAUUCUGCUCGAUGUCGGCACCAAGCCCUCUGGCCACAGUCUGUACGAGCUGUACAAGGUCUUUGAAAAGCACAAGAACGUCGGUGGCGCGUGUGGCGAGAUCUACGCCGACACGGGCAAGUACGGCAAGCUCCUGCUCAACCCCAUUGUCGCCGGCCAAAACUUCGAGUACAAAAUGUCCAACAUUCUCGACAAGCCCUUCGAGUCGGUGUUUGGUCUCAUCUCCGUCUUGCCAGGUGCAUUCUCGGCGUACAGGUACGCUGCGGUCGCCAACCACCCGGACGGUACGGGCCCCUUGGCUUCGUACUUUCACGGUGAACUCAUGAACCUGCCCGGCGCAGAGGCGUCCAUCUUUGACCGCAACAAGUUCCUCGCCGAGGACCGUAUCCUCGCGUUUGAGAUUGUGACCAAGAAGAAUGCCAAGUGGCGCUUGCAAUACGUCAAGAGCGCCAAGGCCGGCACCGACGUCCCCUCGCGCGUUCCCGAGUUUAUCUCGCAGCGUCGUCGUUGGCUCAACGGAUCCAUCUUUGCGUCCAUCUACGCCCUGGCGUGUUUCUGGCGCGUCUGGACGUCGGGCCACAACAUCUUCCGCAAGUUCUUCCUCCAGAUCCUGAUGAUCUACAACACCGUCAACCUCCUGUUCAACUGGCUGUCCAUCUCGUCCUUUUACCUCGCCUUCUACUUCCUCCUCGAGUCAUCCACCACGGGCGACUCGGACCCGUUCUUUGGCGCCGGCACUGAAAUCUUCCAAAUCUUCAACAAGGUGUACAUUGGCAUCAUCUUUGUCGUCCUCAUCUGUUCCCUCGGUAACCGUCCCCAAGGCGCCAACGCCAUGUACACCCUGUGCAUCCUCCUGUUCGCCAUUUGUCAGGCCUUGCUUCUCUACUGUGCCGGCUGGACCGUGUACCAGACUGUCCCGCACACCACUGCGGGAUGGGAAGACGUCAAGGCCCUGUUCAGCAACAAGACGUUCCUCGACCUCGCUCUGUCCUUGAUGGCAACCUACGGCCUGUACCUCAUCUCGUCGCUCCUCUACCUCGAGCCAUGGCACAUGAUGACCUCGUUUGUGCAGUACCUCUUCCUGCUCCCGUCCUACGUCAACAUUCUCCUUAUCUACGCCUUUUGCAACCUGCACGACGUCUCGUGGGGAACCAAGGGCGACAACGGCGCGUCCAAGGACCUCGGCCAGGCCAAGAUGGUCAAGAAGGACGGCGAGGAGCUGGCUGAGGUGGCCAUGCCCACGCGGCAAGAAGACGUAGAGGCGCUGUGGCAGCAGGCGCGCUCCGAGCUGCGCAUCCCCGUCAAGGAGGUGCGCGAGAAGCGCAGCGCAGAGACGAAGCGCUCCGACUCGGACAAGACGUUCCGCACAAACGUCGUGUUGCUGUUCUUGGGCUCCAACUUGGUCGUCAUCAUGCUCUUUACCUCGUCGGCGUUCACAAACUGGAUCUCGGAGCACUUCUCCACUGCCUCAGACUCGACGUUCAACCCCUACCUCACAGUCAUCUUUUACGCCGUGCUCGGCCUCUCGGCCAUGCGCUUCGUCGGGUGUGUGACGUACCUCCUUUUCCGCCUCAUCGGGUUCUAG